AUGCCAAUCAGUGACCUGCGGCGCCACAAUCACUUCAAGGGUCUGAAAGUAAUCAACUUCAGGUUUACAGAUAAAGUUCUCGAAAAUGAAGUAGAGGAAGCAUUUCUUUACAUCCACAUUCAAGAGCUGGAACGACAGAACAUCACAAUAACAGACGACCACUUUCACAUCAACUAUCAGGUCAAUAGGAUCACGAGAAAUAGCCAAGGCAGCAAAGCCUCAGUGCCCUACUCCGAUAGCUCCAGUAAACUGUCCGGAAAGGAGCUCCAAGACGGAACAUGGGUUAGAGCGAACGUGACGAACAUGGUAGCAGAGUUCUUCAGACUCCCACGGGAGACAUUAGGAAUAGUUGUGAGAGUACAAGACUCGAAGAAUAGAAUAAACUUGGUUGUACCGCAUCCCAGCUCAGAGUCGAAUAACGCAGUGAUGCCCUACAUAGAACUAACUCUAAGAGAUAAUUCGCACAAGAGAACGCGACGGAUGAUCGGAAUGGACUGCACAGAGAACUCCAAAGAGGUCCGUUGCUGUCGGUACCCUCUGUCUGUCAACUUCGAGGAGUUCGGUUGGGAUUGGAUCAUUGCGCCUAAGCAAUACGACGCGAACUAUUGCAGUGGGGAGUGCCCCUACAGUUUCUUGCAAAAGUACCCCCACACGCAUUUAGUGCACCUGGUCGCGCCCCAGGGUAGUGGCGGCCCCUGCUGUGCCCCACGGCGGAUGAGCAGUAUCUCAAUGCUGUAUUUCGAUCACGAUUUAAAUAUAAUAUACGGGACGAUUCCCGGUAUGGUGGUGGAGAGUUGUGGGUGCUCAUAG